GUCCCCCUGCUCACUCCGGGUCUCGGUCGGUCGGUCGGUCGGUCGGUCGGAUUCGCAGAUUUUGUCGGUCAAGCUUCAUCGAUUCGGCUGAAUUGCCCGCCACGCCCGAGCCUGAAGAGAAUUGCGCCGUGAGCUUGACCGAGUUCCGCUCGUUCGGCGAAUUCGCGAUCAGAGCGCUGGCUGCUCGGCUUCAUCAACUGUACAUUGAUAUUGUUCUCAUGGGCGGUGAAUUCAAGAAACAUUUUGGGGCCCUAUCUCUUUGCUGAAGAAUUGUACAUUAUUCUUGGACCUUGCCUCCCUGGGGGGGAUUUGAUGGGAGCUUAUCUUCAAAUAAUCGAUGGACUUCCAGAUUUUUUCACUGAUAGAGAGGAGAUACGAUAUCUGAGUGAAUGCGGAAGCGGAACAGGCGGGAGAAGCUUCACCAGCACCCGCGAUAUCGCAUCAUCUCUUCAGGUAGCUAAGAGAGAAGCUACCUCGUCGGGUUUACGGGAAAUGGGUGAGUGCUCUAGUUUCUGGGCAGGACAGUUGGAUGACUGCUUUGACGACCUCCGAGCUCCAAGUACGGAAUCACUUGUCAUCCAAGUUCCUGCUGGUAGAAAGGGUUACUCGACGAGAGCCGGAAAGAUGGGUAGAAAGGAAGGGGACAACUGUGGCUCAAGCAGUCGGAUCAACCACAGACACGUUCUAGAUAGUGGGAAUGGUCCAACCUUUCCGAGAAUUGAAUUUUCCGAGGGCAAAGCUCAAGAGAGUCCGGCCUUUGAGGGUGAUGCAGUAUGUAGGAGUGUAGGUUUGUGCGAUGCAGGGUCCAGUGGUGUAAGGAAUGAAGAGACCUCAUAUAUGGUAGUGGAUGUGUUGAACAAGGAUGAUGCCUCGGUCCAGACCCUUGGUGUCAAUGUGCUACCUGAGACUGAAUUCGAGGCUUCUCUAGAUGUACUAGAUGCGGACUUGGACGAUUACACAGAGAGAUUGCCAGAUCAUCUACUUACGGAAGUGUUGAUCCGAGUUCCAGUGCGAGAUUGGCCUGCAGCUGCUGGUGUGAAGAGAAGAUGGGGCCAUCUUUUUAGAGGCGAUGGUUUGUGGCACACUGCUCUCAUGAAACAAUGGCCCCAAGCAGGCCUUACAAGGCGUUGGCCUGGACCUAUAUCUCGCGGUUCCAGUAAGAGGAGGUUCAUCGCACUGCACGUCAGUGGAAAUUUGUUCAUGAAAGAAAAAGUGGAUGGUAUCGACGAAAUAGCCGGUCACGUUUACCUCUUCCUGAAAGAGCAGCUUGAAUCAUCAACUCCACCUGCGUCCUAUGGGCUACUCCAUGGCACAAUUAUAGACCAGUUUCUGGCAUGCAGUAAAACAGGAGAUGAGGCACAUGAGUUAGCAUCUAUUAUAUGGGUCGCAGUGUUCGACAACUUGGAUGAGACUGAGAACACAUUUCAUCUCCUAAUGAGGAUUGCUGAAGAAUGGGAGGUCUUUCUGCCAUAUCCAUACACAAAGUCCAAUGCUGUCCAGUGGCGACUCUUCGAACGAUUAUUCACCGACUUUCGUGAUUGCUUGUCUCAGUACAACUACUUCGACGUACUGACUAGAGCAAAACAUAGGUUCGACCUAAUUCCCGCGACAUGGCUAGGGUACUGAAGAUUGCGAAUCAUAACAGGGCCGCCUGAGUCCAAAAUUGUAACGAAAUCUUUCUCUGUUCAUAGAAACACAGAAAGGUGACAAAUGCAUCGAUGAAGAGCUUGUAAUCGCUCUGUCACAGAAUCACUACGAACAGGUUUUCAUUUUGGCACACGACUGUACUUCGUAUAUUCUUUUAUGCAUACCUUUACAGGUUGUACCAGUGACGGAUCAGAUCCAAGACGAUCCAGCGUCUGCAUCUGCAUCUGCUGAGCUUCGCCGAAAUAAGCUUGUAUAUAUAGGUCACAAGUAAGAUUAUCUGUGUUGGAGAAAGAAGCCACGCCUCAGGACAUUUGUCCGACUAUAUUAUACCAAACACAUAGAGUAGUCGGUAGUUGGACGUUCAUUUUUUGUAAUUCAUUCAUCCGAGUGUCAUUCAUCUAUGGCUUGAUCAUGGUCGCAUGGUCGUUCCGUUGCCUAAGUAUUCACGAAAAGAUUUGUGCAGC